UCUGAUUUCAAUUUUGUUUUAUCAAUUUCUAUCAUGGAUAAUAAUUCGUUAAUCGAUAGUGAAUCUGAUGGUAAAUUGUUUGACUGUGAAGGUAUGAGUGAUUGUAAUUAUAGUGAAACUUCAAGUUCAACUAGUGAAACAUCUAAAGUUGACAGAAUUGCUGAACUUAAUAGGAAGAUCGCUUCAAUUUCAAAGGAAACUCAAGCUUCUCGAGUUAAACACAGUGAAUUCAAACGAAAACUUGGAGGUGUAAUCGAAAGAUGCAAGCAAAUGGAAGAUAUUUAUGAGCAGAUUGGUGUUAAAAUGGAACCCAAAUUAAUUGUACUGGAAAAUGGGAUUUUAAAAGCUCAGCCAAUACUGUCCAGAGGCCAAACAUUGUUAAAAAAUUUACAAGAAUAUAUUGAAUAUGAGUCUAUUAAAUUGGAGCUUUUCAAUCUGGAAACAGAAGAGAUGGAAACUGAGAACAGUCCUGACAAUCUUACAAUUGAUUAUCCGUCGGAGGAACAAAUCAUGACAGAACUUAUGGAACGAGUUAGCCUUGAAAAUUCGAAUGCGAACGCGGCUGGAUACUUCAAUCUGAACGAAAAACAAUCAGAUUAUACAAAAUUAAUGGAAGGUGGAAUCAGACACUACAACGAAAUGCAUAAGAAAUUCUCUAGUUCUUAAUUGUAUUACUGAAUAUAUAACAAUUCCUGAUACUUAACCUUUUGAUGUGAAUUUUUGAUCAAAAUACCAUUUCAUUCAGCAAAUAAAAACACAAAAUGAUCUUUCAAA